UUGUUUCCCUUUUUUGCAACAGCGCUUUAUCGUAACGAAACUCAGUAUCCGAAUGAUGUUUACAAAGCGGCAAAUUCCAAAAUGGCAAGUUCGGACAAUUUCAACCCGCCCUACCCCGACCUUUUUACCAAAUCUGGAUCCAUUGUCAAACUUGAUGAACAAGAGAAACUGAGUUUGUUUACCGUGUCCUGGCUUGAGGCACAUGCCUAUACGUUUCCGUCAAGGCUUAUUGGUGGUAAACUCAGAGCAUUUAACGCAAAGUGGUUGAACGACUUCCCGUGGUUGAGGUACUCGGUAAAUAUGGACUCCGUGAUGUGUGCCCCUUGCGUGAUCUUCGAUACAAGGAAGACCAGAUGUUUUUCCACGCUCCCUUUUAAUGAUUGGAAAAAUUUGUCAGCCAAUGUUAAUCGUCAUCAUAUAGACAAAGUCCACAGAAAUUGUGUCGCUAUGGCGGAAAAUUUCGUUGAUGUCAUGAAAGGGAAGAAGGAGUCUAUUGUCUGUAAGCUAUCUUCGUUUACCAAGGACUUGGUAAAAAGAAAUAGACAUAUUCUUGGACAGAUAAUAAGAGUUAUUUUGUUGCUUACCAAACAAAACAUACCCGUUAGAGGCCACACGGAAGAAAGGAGUAAUUUUAUGGCGGUUCUCCAAUCCCACGCGUUAAACGAUCCCAUACUCGCAGAUCACCUCCGAAACGGAAAAGAAAAUGCCAAAUACACAUCGCCUGAUAUACAGAAUGAGAUUAUUACGUUAUGUGCCGAUCACGUUCUUCAGUGUAUCCUCACACAGUGUAAAGAAGCCGGAUAUUUCGCCAUCAUGGCCGACGAAGCUACCGUCUGCUCCACAAAAGAACAGUUAUCUAUAUGCAUUCGCUUUCUUACAGUCAACGAAGGACGUUAUGAGCUUAAUGAAAAAUUCAUUGGCUUUGUUACUUGUAGAUCAAUUAAGGGCGUUAAUCUUGCUGAGGCCAUUGUAGAGUAUCUCCAAGACUGUGGAUUGGACAUCUUGAAACUGCGUGCCCAGUGCUAUGACGGAGCGGGGAACAUGGCAGGAAAAUACAAUGGAGUUCAAGCACUGAUACGGGAACGUGUACCACUUGCGAGCUACGUACAUUGUAAGUCUCACUGUUUGAACUUGGCUUUGGUACAUACAUGUAAACUACAAUGUGUUAGAACAAUGAUGAAAACAGUUCAGGAUAUUGGAUUUGCAUUUUCCUACUCUGCGAAACGUUUAGAUGCAUUCGCUACUGAGCUGUCUCAGGAUCCUGUAUCACGUGCCCAGAUGGAUGGUCGCCAGAAGUUGAAGACUCUCUGCGAAACGCGAUGGAUGAGUCGCACGGACGCUCUCACAACGUUCACACAGGCAUUUGCAGUUGUCGUCCAUGCCUUGGAAACAUUGGAAGCAGAUGGUGACGAUAAAGCAGGAGAACACGUGCGUGCAAUCCUGAGAUUCGAGUUUAUCCUUACACUCGUGGCAUGUGAACAGGUACUCAGCUCCCUCGUUGGAUUGACUGCAAUCUUACAGGAGGUUAGUAUGGAUUUACUUGAGGCUGUACGAGAGGCUGGUGUAGUCGUAGACAUCUUGCGAGCCGAGCGAAUGGAUGAAACUGUGUUUGAUGCCAUUUUCCAGAAGGCAGCUGAUAUUGCUUCGGAGUUUCAAAUUGAUGCAAGCGUGCCUCGCCAGAACCAACGUCAACGGAACAGGGCGAAUUACCAAGUUGAAGACCCGAAGACAUACUGGCGCAUUGCUUUGUACAAUGUUUUCGUCGAUCACCUCAUUGAAGAAGUAUCUAGCAGGGUAAUGGCCAACCAAGAACGGUUCUGUGCACAGUUGCUCUUACCAGUCCGGUUGAGGGAUCUUGACGAUGGUCAGACUGAUGUUAUUUAUAACAGCUUUAAGGACGAUAUAGAAUCGCCGAAAGAAGCGUUUGCUGACGAGGUUCGACGAUGGAAAGUGCGUUGGACCAAUGAUGAUAUCCAAAAGCCUACUACGCUGCUAGCAACGCUGGAUGCAACACCACGGACAGCCUAUCCCGGCAUUCAUCGUGUGCUGUCGAUACUCUGUGUAAUGCCAGCCACGUCUGCAUCGUGUGAGCGCUUGUUUAGCUCAAUGCGUCGCAUAAAGGCGUACCUUCGCAGUACUAUGACCGGUGAAAGGUUGUCUAACCUGGGCAUAUUACACAUUCACCGAGAGGCAGACGUUGACAUCGACACAAUCAUCAACAAAUUCGCGUCUGCCAAAUGCAGAAACAUGGAGUUUAUUUAACUCUUACCGUAAAUUAUAAAUUGGUAAAUAUUAUGUGAAAGAAAUUAAAUAUCGUAGUAUAAGAA